ACAGAGAUCCUUUUGUCUUUUCUAAGGCGAGUUUCAAUUUCCUGUCUGUUUUUUUUUAGAUACAUGUAGUGUAUAAAUGUGUUACUGUGUGUAACUUAACAGUCAUUCACCCUACAGUCUGACAAGAUGGCCUUGAGAAAUGUCAAACAUUUUGUAGAAUAAAAUAACUAGAAAAGAUAAAGUAAACACAAACAGCAACAUUCACACGACAGAUACAAAUGCUUACAAGGUGUACAAGAUAAAUGUAAGUCACACAAAUAUUUUUAUAUUUUUAAACCCGUAUUGAUGCCAGUACAGUACUGUUAGCGGCUCUUGGGUUUAAUAGGUAAAGACCCGAGUCUACACCCUUAUGGCAGUAUUGUAUAUGGAUGUUCAGUGGAUGUGUUAACACCCCUCUUAAGUGUGCUAUUCCUUUAUACAGUUAGCUAGCUAAAGUUAACAGUAGCUGAUAAGUAAUCUUGACAAGUGGCAUGGACAAUUAAAGAGCAGGUUGUCAAAGAGUCUUGUACAUUUUGGGGGUUAAAAUAUUUGAUUUUGUAUAUUUCUAUGGUGGCCUUGAAUCCGUCUUCAUACUAAUCGACAUAAGCAUACAUGGCUAACGUUAGCUAGCUAGCGAAAUAAUCAAACAGCUAUCUAAUUUAAAUACAGGUUAUUGACACGAUUAUACUACUACGUGGGGACUUUUACUUUGAAUUUUUGUCAAAAUUCCGUGAUCCGGAAGUACUUUUUUGUGUUGCGGAAUUUCAGACGAUUAAAAUAACACAGCUCGCUAGCUACUCAUCUUGCAUUAUCUAAAUAUGUCUAAAAUACAGUUGUUGAGAGUUUUUCUCUACGAUAGAUUAACAGCUGCCGCUGAGGAGAUAUUCGAGGUCGUUGAAAAAACCAUAGCAGAGAAUCAGGAGGAAGUUGUCCGUCUACAGAGGCUACUCGACAUUGUUCUUCAACCUGAGAUAAAGCAAGACAGAGCAGACCUCCAGCAGCUCUGUCUCUCUGUCUCUGAAGUGGAGAUUCCGCCGGAGCAGCAGCACUGUGAGCAGGAGUGGAGCCCCAGUCUGAGGCAUGAGGACCCAGAGUCCACACAGAUCAAGGAGGAACGUGGGGCCAGUCAGGAGGAAGAGCAGCCUCAAGGGCUUGAGGCUCACACUAAAGACUCCAUAUUCACUCCUGCUUAUGAUGAGGACCCAAUUCAACUCUCACAUCCCUAUCAAGCCCAAAAGGAAGGAAACAGAGAGAGAGACAUUCUACCCAGCACUACAACUGAACAGAUCAAAACAGAACCUGAUGGAGAGGAAUACGGAGAAUUAGAACCAACCAGUGUCUUUCAGCCCCUCUCUGCAGUAAAUCCAGACUGUUCUGCAGCUCUGAGUGAAAACAGUGAAAGUGACAGUGGGAUGGAGACUGGCGGGCCUCCGUCAGGUUUCAAGUCAGUCAAAUCACAGAGAAUAAAGAUGGUAAAAUUACAAAGCUCCCCUAUCAACACUAAGGAUAACAAAUCCACACCGUUGUUCCACCUGAAAUCACCUAGGCAAGGUCAUGCUACUCCUGGUUGUUGUAAGGUGUGUGGCAAGUAUUUUCAUUACAUGGGCUUAUUAUUUAAACAUGUUCAAACUCACACAAACGAUAAAGAAUCACUUUGUGGAGUGUGUGGAAAGCAUAUGGCGUCAACAGAAUGUAUGAAAGAUCACCUCCAAACUCACAUUGCAGCUAGGUAUUGUUGUCAUGUUUGUAGUAAAUGGUUCACCUUAAACAGCAAUCUGAUCGUGCACAUGAGAAGCCACACAGGGGAAAAAACGUGUCACUGCCCUGUUUGUGGCAAAGGAUUCAGCACCAGCGGCGAUCUGAAGAAACACAUCCGGAUUCACACAGGGGAGAAGCCGUUUCGCUGCCCUGAUUGUGGCAAAGCAUUCAAUCAGAGUGGAAAUCUGAAAUAUCAUAGAAAGUCCCACACAGGGGAGAAAUGAUAUCGUUGCAGUUGUUGUGACAGAUGUUUCAGGAUUGACGCACAUCUUAAAAGUAGACAAGGACUCACCGGGGAGACGAGUAAGAUGCAAUGAUUGAUGAUAUGCUCAAGUGGGCCGAUUCAUAUCAUGAAUACUUCUGGAAAUUAUAUUUUCUUCAUACAGGGAUUGUAUGUUUUAAUCACUUUCCCACUCUACAUUUACAAGUGCAUUUAUUCAGUACAUUGGCCAUGUUGCACCCAUGGCUGUGCCCCUGCCCAGUCAUGUGAAAACUGUAGAUUAGGGCCUAAUGAAUUUUAUUUCAAUUGACUGAUUUCCUUAUAUGAACUGUAACUCAGCAAAAUCUUUGAAAUUGUUGCAUGUUGCAUUUAUAUAUAUUUAUUAUUUUUAAAAAAAUUUUUUCAGUAUAUCUGCAUACAUGUAUAAUGCUUAAAUGCUCAUGUGUGACAUGUAGUAUUAAAAUGUUUAUUACAAAUAUGUCCCUUCUAUGUUAACAUUAUGUGUUAACUUAUAUGUUACGGGAUUUCAGUGAUCCUUGUAGUCAUGGUAAUAAAACAGUAAAACAAACUACACUAAACACUCAA